AUGGAGGAGCUUUUCAGUCAUGACAACAAACGGGCUUCACUACGCAAUUCAAGAGUCAUGGGUCUGAAGAACGGUGUGGGCAUGGACCCUUUUCCACUGGAGCCUCAGGUCACAAUUCUUGACUCCAAAAAGAGUAUGAACAUUGGGAUCUUCCUGAGACAUUUCAAGAGGCCGGUGACAGAAAUGGUACAGGACAUUCGUCAGGGGAACUGGCUCAGAUUUGGGACAGGCAAACUGAGAGAUCUUUGUAAAUUGCUGCCAGAAGAAAAUGAGGUGAAGCAGCUACUAUCAUUCAGUGGGAACCACUCCUUGUUACCUGAGGCAGAUCAGUUCAUGGUGCAGCUGGUCAGGGUGGCGGGCUAUGAGGAACGCCUGAAAUCUAUGGUGCUAAGGGAGGAAUUCUUUCCUCUUAUGGAGGAUGUGAAGAACUCUGUUGCUGUCAUGACCAAAGCAGCUAAUGAGCUCUUGGACUGCGAUGACCUCCACUCAGUCAUUCGGCUAGUAUUAAAGGCUGGGAAUUACAUGAACGCUGGUGGCUACAGUGCCAAUGCCAUUGGAUUCAGGAUGACCUCUUUGCUCAAACUGGCAGACACCAAGGCCAACAAGCCUGGCAUGAACCUCAUGCACUAUGUUGCCAAGCAAGCAGAGGACAUCGAUGCUGAGUUGCUGACUUUCCCCAAUCAGCUUGAAAACAUUGGGAAGGCAUCAAGAAUUUGUAAAGAGGAGGUAAUUGCAGACUUUGAGAGAGAAGUGAAGAAGAUAAAAGAGAUGAAACUCUACACCAGCAGGCAGCCUGGCCUCUUACAACAAAUGGAGACAUUUCUAUUGAGGGCUGAUGCCAAGCUAGCUGAUGUGGAAUCCUUUCUCCAGGAGCUAAACAUGCUGAGCAAUGCUGUCGCUGAGUACUUCUGUGAAGAUCCAACUACCUUCAAACUGGAGGAGUGCUGCAAUAUCUUUCAUUCAUUUUGCAAGCGGUUUUACACAGCUGUGCAGGAGAACCGAGAGCGAGAGGCAGCAGAGCAGAGGCACAAGAGGAGGGAGAGCAUGCGUAGUACUGCCAAACGCCGGUCGACAGUGUCAGGCGCCAGACCUGAAACCAAGCAGAGCACCACCAGCUUGGAGUCGGCCCUACACAGCUUUCUCUCCAGUGUUCCAGAGGGUCUUACCAGAUGCAGGAAGAACAUUCUACCCACAGUUGAAGGAUCUCCAUCUGUGUGCAGUCCAUUGGUACGCAAAACUGUGCUAACACCUUGUACUAAACAAGAGAGGACUGAGAAGAAACAAACUUCCAGGAGAGAGGAUGAGCAAAUAGCAGCACUGGAAAACCAAGAGGAUGCUGAGAAGAUGCGUGUGAUAACUCGGAAGGUUCUUCGCUACCAAAACAGCCAAAGCAGCCUUGAUGGGGAUAAAGUUUCAGGCACCCCUCGCCAGUCAGAGAAAGCACAAGACACUCCAGGUACCCCACGUACCCCACGUACCCCUCGCCCUAGAACCAGAGACUACUUCUUUGCCAACAAUGGGGAUGUGGGCUCCCCGUGGACUAUUCUGAGCCCUUUUACUUGUUCCCAAAGAAACAACCCCCAGCGAAACAGACCAAAAAACCAAGACGGACCGUCGUUCAUGUCUGAUGGAAACAACCUUGAUGGUGGAGUUUGGGAAAGUGAUGAAGGCAAUUGUUUGCCCCGUUACUCCAAUUCGGAAAGUCUAACAUCUCCAUCUAGUGGUUCGGCAUCUCUUCCUGAAUGUCUUAGUCAGAGAGCUGCGUCGCAGGGUCCAAUACUGAGGUCUGUGUCCAUGGAUGAAACCAGGCGAUCUCCAGCAUCUGCUCAGAUGGGAGACUUGUUCCAGAGAAGCAUGUCUCAAAGGUCAUACUCCUCUGGCUCAAGGACAGAAAAUAUGAGAGAAGAAGAAGCUGGAGUCCGUUCAUUGCUUGAAAAUAAGGCGAGGAAUCAUAUAGAGGGGCAAGUGAGCACCUCCCGAUUCAUAUCCUUCUUUAGACGCAUUGGAGGCAGAAGUAAGCCUGGUGAUGUGGAAGAACAAAACUUCAAAGGAUGUAAUAGUUGA